AUGGGUUCCUUCACCGAGAAAGAAGACUCCAAGGCCGACGCCGCUCAUAUUGAGAAGGUAUCGGCAUCUUCCCUCGAAGAUUCCGAGAAUAUCGACGACCUAGAUAGCAUCGAGCAAACGCAAGCCGGGAAAUAUGCCUGGCUGGUCGCUAUCACCGCAGGUGUCGGUGGCUUUUUGUUUGGUUAUGACACUGGAAUUAUCUCGGCAGUCCUUGUUUACCUCAACGACGACCUCGGCAAAAUCCUCAAUUCGAGUGACAAAGAACUCAUAACUUCAAUCACCUCAGGAGGCGCAUUUAUUGGUGCCGUCGCCGCUGGACUCACCGCUGAUAGAUAUGGCCGCAAGGGCGCAAUUUACAUGGGAUGCGCCCUGUUCAUAAUUGGUGCCGUCCUUCAAGCUGCUGCUUAUUCUCUUGCUCAAAUGACUGUGGGACGACUCAUUGUUGGCUUCGGAGUUGGUUCAGCGGCCAUGAUUGUCCCCCUGUAUAUCGCUGAAGUCGCACCCGCAAAAUACCGUGGACGCAUGAUUGGUCUGGACAACAUGUCAAUCACUGGAGGGCAACUAAUUUCUUAUGGAAUCGGCGCCGCUCUUGCAAAUACUGCCCAUGGCUGGAGAGCAAUGGUAGCCCUCGGAGCUGUCCCUGCUAUUAUCCUCUGUUGCCUUCUUCCAUUCUGCCCAGAAUCACCUCGUCAGCUCGUUUACCACGACAAAGCCGAUGAGGCCGCCAUCGUCAUCCAAAAGAUUUUCCCGCAUGGCACUCCAGACCAAGUCCGACAAAAAGUCACUCACAUCACCCGGCAUGUUGCAGAAGCGAAGGCGUACAGCGAAGGCAAGGGCAACUUCUGGCUUCUUAAACAGCUUUACGUGGUUCCUGGAAAUCUUCGAGCCCUUAUCGCUGCAUGUGGACUCAUGGCUAUCAGUCAACUUGGAGGCUUCAACAGUCUGAUGUACUACUCCUCAACAAUUUUCGCUCUUGUGGGUUUCUCUGAUCCAGUGGCCGUCGGAACAAUUAUCGCGGCAACUAACUUCUUCUUCACUUGGGUCAAUCUGAUGGUCGUUGAUCGUUUUGGACGACGCCGCAUUCUGUUGAGCACAAUGUGGGGAAUGGCUUUAUUUUUGGUUAUCGCCGCUGUUGCUUUCCACUGGAUCCCAAUCAACCACGAUCUGUCGCUCAAGUCAAACAAAGUUGGAUGGCCCGCAGAUGUCGUACUUGCUAGCAUGGUUAUUUAUGUUGCGUUUUAUUCAUCCGGUAUGGGUAACACGGCAUGGCUCUCAUCCGAGUUCUUCCCUAUGGAAGUCCGAGCCUACGGUACAAUGAUGCUCACCUGUUCAUGCUGGGGUGCCAACAUCAUUGUAGCGUCAACAUUCUUGACUCAAAUGGAAAAUACUACUCCCUCAGGAGCUUUUGGAUUUUAUGCCGCUAUCUGUUUCUUUGGAUGGAUUGCAGUAUACUUUUGCUACCCAGAGGUGAAAGGCAUGACUCUCGAGGACAUCAGAGAGAUCUUCCAGCAUGGAUUCGGAGUCAAAUACGCAAGAAAGUUGCAGAAGGAGGCGAGGCUCAGACGCAGGGCGGGCAAUUCUGGCAGCGCUUAG